GUCUCCUCCAUGAAGGAGCUCGGAGGCGGCUUCCGGUGGAGCUCUGAGGGGGCUUCCGGUGGCGCCGUGAGGGGAGGGAGGCGGCGAUGGCGGAGAUUCCGUUCACGCGGGUGGUGUCGGUGACCAGCGCGGAUCCGCGUCACCCGGCGGAGAAUCUGCUGAGGCCCGACGAUGGCGGGAAAUGGAGAGGAGCGACGGCGGGGGAGAAACAGCUGAGUGUGGUGCUGGAGCUGGGCGACACCAGGCCCAUCCAUUCCCUGCACAUCGGCAACGACGGCGCCGCCUUCGUGGAGGUGCUGCUGGGCUGCUCUGCCGGGGGAGAGUUCCAGGUGCUCCUCCCCAGCUCAGCUCUGAUGUCACCCAGCGAGAGCCGGGCGGGGGCGGGGCCAGGCCGGGUGCGGCUCUUUGGGCCUCAGUCAUUGGUCAAACGCCCGGCCACGCCCACCGCGGCCACGCCCACGGCCAGGUACGACCGACUGCAGGUGGUGCUGAGCCAGCCCUACUGCCAGAGCCGCCCCUAUGGCCUGGCGUUCAUCAGAGCCUUCGCUGCCCCUGAGGAGGGUGAGGAACCGCCCCCGGCACCGGUUCGCCGCCUGGGCGCGUUCACGCUGCGCGAGGAGGGGGAGGGGAGCCCCCGCCGCCCCCCCGGGGCGCUGUUCUACCAACGCCCCUCCCCCACCGCAGGCCCCGCCCAGCCCCCGCCUGGGCCCAGCUACGCUGCAGCCGCUCUGCAGGAGACGGAGAGGGAUGGAAAUGGACAGCCCCCCAAGCGCCGCCUCCCCUCCCCCACCACCACCACCAACGGGACCCCCCAAAAAAAGCCCAAAAUACCCCAAAAAUCCCCCCAAAAAAACCCUCCAAAAAAAUCAGAAACCUCCACAAAAAAUCCGGAAAACCCCAAAAAAAAUUCAGGAACCUCCCAAAAAAAUUCGGGACCCCCUCAGAAAAAUUCCGAAAACCCCCAGAAAAAUUCAGGAACGCUCCAAAAAUAUUUGGAAAACCCCAAAAAAAAUUCGGGAGCCCAACAAAAAAACGUGGAAAAUUCCCAAAAAAAUUCAGAAAAUUCACAAAAAAAUUCGGAAAAUUCCCAAAAAAAUUCAGAAAAUUCACAAAAAAAUUCAGAAAAUUCCCAAAAAAAUUCAGAAAAUUCCCAAAAAAAUUCGGGAAAUUCCCAAAAAAAUUCGGGGGUCCCCAAUGUGGGCGGGGGUCCCAUUUUGGGGGGGGUGGUGCUGGCGCUGAGCGGUUUCCAGAACCCUCUACGGGGUCACCUGAGGUCAGCGGCCACGGCCAUGGGGGCGGAGUAUCGGCCGGACUGGACACCUGAGUGCACCCACCUGGUGUGCGCCUUCCCCAGGACCCCGAAGGCGGCGCGGGCGCGGCAGCAGGGCGGGGUCGUGGUGGGGGCCAGGUGGAUCUGGGAGUGCCAGAAACGGGGCCGGAGGCUGAGCUGCGGGCCGUACCUCCUGGAUGGCUCCGCCUCCUCCGGCAGCGAGGGGGAGGAGCCUGAGGAGGCCCCGCCCCCUCCACGCCCCUCCCCUAAGGGGAAAAAAGGGGCGGGGCCUCCUCAGAUGGACAAACCCGAGACUCCUCCCCCUGUGGCGCCGGCCACGCCCCCUGAGUCAGGUGACAGCGAGGACCAAUCAGAGGACACCGACCCUUUUGGCGGCACCACCGAGGAGAACAGCGAGGAUGAGGAGGAGGGGGAGGGGCUGCCCAUCCCCCCCCUGCCCGAUUUUUUUGAGGACAAAAAGUUCUUUUUGCACGGAGAAUUCCCGGAGGGGGAGGGGCGGCGGCUGCGGCGCCUCGUGGUGGCCUUUGGGGGCUCCCUCGCUCCCUACAUGGACGAAUCCGUGACCCACGUGGUGACGUCACAGGACUGGGACCCCGCCUUCGAGGAGGCGCUGGAGCUCCGCCCCUCGCUGCUGUUCGUGCGUCCCCAUUGGCUGCUGCUCUGCGGGGAGCGGCAGCGGCCAAUCCCGGCCCAGCCCUACCUGGUGACGUCAUCGGCGCGGCAGUGAUGAUGUCAUCGGUGUGGACACGCCCCCCCUCCUUCCUAAGCCACGCCCCCUUUUUGUUUAGGUUUAAUAAAGCAGAUUUGGGUAGAAAUG